AUGCGAUCCACUCUUUUUCUCUUUCUCUUUUACUCUCUUUUUCUCACUUUCUCAUUCCUCUGUCUCUCACCCACAUCUUUCUAUUUUCUCCCUAUUUCUCUCUCUCUUUCUAAAUUCUCAUUCCUCUGUCUCUCCACCCAUUUUUUUUUAUUUCCUCCUCUUUCUCUUCCUCUUUUUCUCUUUCUUUUACUCUCUUUUUCUCACUUUCUCAUUCUCUUUUCUCAUUCCUCUUUCUCUCAAUCCCACAUCUUUUCUUUUCCCUAUUUCCUCCAUCUUUCUCUAAAUUCUUCCCCGAUCCCUCUUUUUCUCUUUCUCUUUUACUCUUUCUUUUUUCUCUUUUCUCAUUCCUCUGUCUCUCACCUACAUCUUUCUUUUCCCUAUUUCCUCAAUCUUUCUCUAAAUGCGAUCCCUCUUUUCUCUUUCUCUUUUACUCUUUUUCUCACUUUCUCAUUCCUCUGUCUCUCACCCCAUCUUUCUUUUCCCUCUUUUUCUCUUUCUCUUUCCCUCUUUUCUCUUUCUCUUUCUUUCUCUAUUCUCUCUCUCACCCAUCUUUCUUUCCCUUUUUUUCUUUCUUCUCUUUUCUCUCUUUCUUUUCUCUCUUUCUCAUUCCUCAUUGUCUCUCUCUCCCCAUCUUUCUUUCCCUAUUUCCUCCAUCUUUCUCUAAAUGCGAUCCCUUUUUUCUCUUUCUCUUUUACUCUCUUUUCUCACUUUCUCAUUUCCUCUCUCUCACCCACAUCUUUUCUUUCCCUAUUUCCUCCAAUCUUUUUCUCUAAAUGCGAUCCUUUUCUUUUUUUUUCUCUUUUUUUCUUUUUCUUUUUUCUCACUUUCUCAUUCCUCUGUCUCUCACCCCAUCUUUCUUUCCCUAUUUUCAAUCCAUCCCUCUUUUUUUCUUUCUAA